AUGUCUCCCCUCCGAAUCGCCAUCGUAGGCGCAGGCCCCGUCGGCCUUACACUCGCCCGACUCCUUCUCAACAAGCCGGACAUUGAAGUCACUGUUUUCGAGUCAGAGAAAUCCCGAGAGGUUCGUGGACAAGGCGGAACGCUCGAUUUGCAUACAGACACAGGCCUUGCAGCGCUCAAAGAAGCAGGCCUGUACGAUGAAUUCCUCAAAAAUGCUCGUUUCGAUGGUGAAGCCUUGGUCAUUUGCGACAAGCACCUCACCAAAUACGUCAACUUUUCUGGCCAUGAAGAAGGCUCCACUCGUGGCCGACCUGAAAUUGAUCGGAAACUGCUUCGUGAAAUGCUUCUCGACUCUAUCCCGCCGGAGAUCAUUCGAUGGGGCUAUCACUUGCGUGCUAUCGAUGAGAGCCGCAACUUGAUCUUCGACCAAGGUACAGAGACUGGCUUCGACUUGGUUGUGGGAGCCGACGGUGCCUGGAGCAAGACUCGCAAGCUGGUGUCGGCCCAAAAGCCAAAUUACUCUGGCGUCACCGGAAUCACCUUCGCCAUCCCCAAUGCCAAAGAGACUGCGCCGCAGUGCUACUCAUUGACCAAUCGCGGUUCUGUAUUCUCCUAUUCGGAUGGCAAGUCUAUCAUGAGCCAACAGCUUGGUAACGGCAGCCUGAGCGUUUAUGUCUGGAGUGUACGACCAGAGAGCUGGAUGGACAACAUGCCCUUCGAUAUUAAUGACAUUGAAGCUGUCAAGAAGUCCAUCAGGGAGGAAUUCCAGGGCUGGCAUCCCGACCUUCUCAACUGCGUAAACCACGGUCAGGAUCCAGUGCCCCGUCGUCUCUAUAUGCUUCCUGUUGGCUUCAGCUGGCAAAACCGCCCCGGUGUCACCUUGAUCGGCGAUUCGGCUCAUGUCAUGACACCUUUUGCUGGCGAGGGCGUUAACCUUGGCAUGGAAGAUGCGCUAAUGUUAUCUCGAGCCAUUAUCAAGGCAUCCAAAUCGGCAAACCGGAGUGACAUUCUAACAGAGGAAAUCAAAACAUUUGAGAAGGACCUGUUCACACGGGCCGAGCGAACAGCAUCAUUGACGAAUGAUUUGAUGAUGUGGCUACUUUUCACCGAUAGCGCCCCGCGGUCUGUCGUCGAAAAAGUCGGUGUGCGCGUAGCGACUUUCGAACAUCGUUCUCUCGUGAUGAAAGCUCUUUACCCGUUCCUGGUUGCAUCUAUAUACGCCUUCUACUUUGUGUUCAAGCUCUUCCAUUGA